AUGUCGUCCCAUUCGCCGAGAGGCUCACUCUCCGGUGCAUCAACGUCUGCUGAGGUGGCUGCGGACUUUGAGGAAUCGUUGAAAGAUCUGCAAGUCAACAACAGAUAUGAGAUCAGCAAUCUCACAAUCAUCGCCAAGGAGAACACAGAACAUGCCCAGGCCAUCUCACGUGCGCUUGAGAAUCACAUCAAAACGACAUCACCAAGCCGAAAACUCCCUGCCCUCUUCGUGCUCGAUAGCAUAGUCAAGAACGUUGGCACGCCGUACACAGUCUACCUUGGCCGCAAUCUCUACAGCAUAUUCAUGGAUGCCUACACCCUCGUUGACGGCAAUACUCGGAGAAACAUGGAAGGCAUGCUGAAGACGUGGAAAGAGCGCGUGCCUGGAGCGAUAGAUCCGCGGCCUGUAUUUCCUGCCGAUACUGUGCGGCCGAUUGAGAAUGCGCUCCUCAAAGCGAAGACUGCCGCUCUGCAAAGUCAAAGACCGCCACACGGACAGCCGCAGGGUGCAUAUCGCGCCACAGCGACACCUCCUCAGCACAAUGGUCAAUACCAUCCACCGCCUCAGGCACAUCAGCAGCAUCCGUAUGGCAUGCAACAGCCAACACCUCAGCCACAACAGUAUCCUCCGUCGCAGCCGUCUUACCAAGAAGUUGAAGCCGUUAAGCGAGAUAUCGACAUGCUCAUUCAGACAUUUCAGCGGCAAUUGGCACCAAACCCGCACGAUCCACGACUGCGCAGCCAGCUUGCUGCCCUCCAGGCGCUGCAUGAAUUUCUCAGCACCAAGAGCGUAUCUGCAAUGGAGUUUCAGAGCAUCAAAGCUCAGGUCUCAUCAAUGACACCAGCGUUAGCCGCGCCGCAACCCCCUCCACAGCCGCCUACACCCCAAUGGCAAACACCUGCACAAUAUCCUCCGUAUCAGCAACCACCGACUGGAUUCCAGCCGCCGCAGUCAUUCACGCCUCAAACGAAUGGCCCUCCCGCGCCGGCUCCGAAUCCAUUGGCUGGACUGCAGGCACUGCUCGCUAAUGCGCCCAAGCCGAGCACACCACAGCUGCGCGCAGCCAUGCCCGACCUCCAAAACGCAAGUCAUUCUCAGAUGAACUCAUUACAGAACCAUGCGGCAGCUCCAAGCGUGAACGGUGCUGCAGACCUCAUUGCUUCCCUCACGAAAGCAGGACUCAUCAACGUGGGUCCAAACUCGACGCCACUACCGCCAAGUGCUCCUCCUGCAGCAUCAGCACCACCUGCGGAUCCCACAGCUGCUCUGCUGAAGUCACUUCAGAGUAUUCUACCCACACAGCCACCUCAAGGAGCCGCGCCGCAGCUUGCCAUGCCACCAAUGGGUGCGACAUCACAAGUGCCCAUCUCCGCAGCCUCAUUGAAGGUCUUCCGGCCUGAAUUGAUCUACAAGCUCUACGACGGUCAACCGAAUCAAUGCAGCACUUGCGGACGCCGAUUCCUCGCCACGGAAGAAGGUCGACAAGAGAAGAACCGCCAUCUCGACUGGCACUUCCGCACGAAUCAACGUAUUGCUGAUCCAGCGCUCAACCGUGGUCAUCACCGGAACUGGUACGUCGAUGAGAUGGAAUGGAUUCGACACGUCGAGUUCGACCCAUCCACCACGACGGCUACGGCAGGCGACGCACAAGCUGCAGUAAAGGCGAAGAAAGGACCACAAGACCAGUCUGUUCGUGCACCGGCGGGCAUGACGAAGAAUACCUGCAACAUCUGCUUCGAGGAGAUGAAGAGCAGUUACUCGGAGGACUUGCAGGAUUGGAUCUUCACGAAUGCGACAGUGCAUAACGGGAGGAUCGUGCAUGCGACGUGUCUGGCGGAGAUGAGCAAAGGACAAGGCGGUUCUGGAGGAGCGGGAGGCUCGCGAGAUCGGAGUGCUACGCCGGACUCCUUGUUGGGGAAGAGGAAGGCCGAGCAGAUCCUGGUGGGAGGCGGAGCGAGAAUGAAGACGGAGUGA